GUGCGCUAUCGAUGGCUUCCACAAGGAGCCCUGUGCCGCGUAGGGCUCACACGAAGUCAAGGAAUGGCUGUGUGCAAUGCAAACGGCGCCAUAUCAAGUGCGACGAAAAAAGGCCAAAGUGCACCAAUUGCACAUUCUCCCACCGGCAAUGCGUUUUCAAUUCAACAAUUUACUUUAGCCAUCAACGAAGCCCUUCAACUACACCACCGGCCCCUUCAAGUACCUCUUCACAGGCCUCAGCACUUCCAGAUGUUGAGCCCCAGCUACCACAAGGGGAGCCAUCACCGCCUGUGAAUAUGCUCCACGCAGAACUCUUCCACCACCUGUUCACGGAAACGUUGACUUCAUUGGCGGAUGCCAACGAAGACACUGAUCACCUAAUAGAUAUGAUUACAGGCCACAGUAUCUCGGCACCAUAUCUGGUUAACGAGCUAUUGGGAAUGGCAGCAUUACAUCUAAGCCUUGUACGGCCAGCGCAACAAGAAUACUACCGCUUCCAUGCAACUCAACUGCAGACACAUGCAAUAUCCCAGUUCAAUUCAGUCUCUGGCAGCUUAAACGCAGAAAAUUGGAUGGCAAUAUUCCUCUUCUCAUCUGCGCUGGGGACACACAUGCUCUGUGAAACUCUCCGGUACCGCGAGGACGACUGGGUCCCAUUUCUAGAUAGAUUCGUCCAAUACGCCCAGCUUCAUCGAGGUGUGCGGGGGAUUGCCGGGCAAACCUGGGAUCUACUCAAGCAGACACCUCUGGGAGGGCUAUCGCAUGCUCAUACUCAAGCGUUGGGAUCGAAAACUAAAGUUCCGCUGAACCCUAUGUACGCAGGGCUUCUCAAGUCUAUCAAAGCAGCCAAGCUUGGAAGUCCACUUACUGACGUCUAUCGACGGACUAUCGAGUUUCUGCAAAUAGUCACACACAGUGAGAGUGAUACUAUCCGGCAUCCUCCACCUAGUAGUAUUAUUGCAUGGCCGGUCCUCAUCCCUGAGGAAUAUCUUGAGUGUCUAACACGUCGCCGACCGGAGGCCCUUGUUAUUUUCGCGUACUAUGCCACGAACUUGCAUUUCUAUCGUGGCUUAUGGAUCUUCGGGGAUGCAGGGAAGUUCUUGGUUGAAAGGAUUAUAGAACAUCUGGGACCGGACUGGGAAAGCUGGUUGGGUUGGCCGAUUGAAGUUGUCAACACGUAUGAGCAUCCUGCUAAUACAAUUUGACUCUAUAGCGAAUGGCAAUCUGCUGUGGAGUUAUGUUCUCAUUAUAGUUAUAAGUAUAUAGCGCUAAGGAUGUAUGGGCUGUGGCUUCUGCGUAUACAUCAAAAUUCAAUGGACCUAAACUUAUUUGUCC